AUGGCUUGUGGUCUUGAAACUGAGCGUACUGGCACCAACAACGAGGAGAUCCCCUGCGUUCAAGAGAUUACUCCUUCUAAAGUAACUCCACCUCCCCAAAGUAAUGCGGUGGGCAUCCCCUCGACCUCUCAACUAGAUUCAGCUAUGAUGGAUUACCUGGAAAGCUUGGAAGUUAUAUGUCAUGCACUUAACAUUGACGGUGAAGUCAAGCCAUCUUUCCAAAAGAGAAGAGCUAUGAACCCAGAGCGAUAUGCUGCUUUUGAGGUUGAGGUGGACAAGCUCUUCUCAAUUGGGUUCAUUCGGGAAGCUCAUUAUCCCAAUUGGGUUGCCAAUCCUGUUUUGGUGAAAAAGCCCAACGGUAAGUGGCGUACUUACGUUGAUUUCACGGAUCUCAACAAAGCCUACCCAAAUGACAGUUUCCCUCUACCAAGAAUAUAUCAGCUCGUUAAUGCCACUUCCAAGCACGAGUUGCUAAGCUUCACGGAUGCCUAUUCGAGAUAUAAUUAG